CUUCAGGACUAGAAACUUCCCCAAGCCUCAACUGUACCAUGGUAGAGGUAUAUGUUAAAAAGACCAUGCUUUUAACAAGGACUAUCCCCAGAGAAGAGGACAGUGAACACUGAAGAUAAUAUAAAUAUUCUGCUUGAUAAACUCUCAAAAUGGCAGCUGUUUUGGAUCAGUUUAUGGAAUUCCAUUCAGUUCAUGGAACAAAUGUGAGACUGGACCCCUCUAAGACUCAUGCCACCCGAGUAGAAAGUUUUGCAAAUGGCGUCUGCUUCAGUAAAGACCCUUUAAGCCCCGGAGAGAUCUUCCUAGUAGAGAUUGAAGAGAAAGAACUGGGUUGGUGUGGUCAUUUAAGGAUUGGACUUACUGCCCAUGACCCACGAACACUAGAAACUGUGCCAGAAUACUCUCUGCCUGAUCUUGUGGAUAUGGGAGACAGCUGGGUAUUUGCAAUAACAAGAAACCAUAAUAAAGUCAUUGAGGAUGGAGAAGCAGAAAGGGGUGAACAGCCAAAUAUUGGUGAUGAGGCAGAAAACAAGCCUAAAACAUUUUUCACAGACACUCACCUGUAUAUAGAAAACAUAGGCAUACCUAGAGACAAAUUGGUGGGACGCAGUCGACCCGGGAGGUUCAGUCACAUCCUGGAUGAUCUGUACAAAACCAACGCUCUACCCCCCACUGCCCGUCGCAGUCGGAUAGGGGUCGUCUAUGUACCUAAGGGACAAGGGUAUGCCGACAUGCACAUUAUCAUUAAUGGUGAAGACAUGGGAGCCUCUGCCAAGAGGAUCCCCACCGAUAAGCCGCUAUAUGCUGUUGUGGAUGUAUUUGCAGCUACUAAAAGUGUUCGGAUUGUCCAGGUGGAAUAUGGCUUUGCCUCAUUGCAGACACUCUGCCGAAAGACAAUUCAGAAACACAUCAUUCACAGAAUGGCUUUGGACUGGUUGGAACUUCCGGAGUUACUUAAACACUAUUGCAAAUAUGAGUGAGCAAAACCUAUUAAGACUUUAAACCUAUUCAAAGACUUUUUAAGACAGAAAGUGGUCAUAUUCUCACCAUCACCCCCCAUUUUCAACCAAAAAAGUGUAAUCUGAACAAUGUUCCUCAAGGUUUAUACAAUGUUGUUAAAACUUGCUAAUACCCAAAGGUUUACAUACACUUUACAGAAUCUGCUAAAUGUGAAUUAUUUUACCAAAAUAAAGAGGGAUCAUGCAAAAUGCAUGUUAUUUUUUUAUUUUGUACUGACCUAAAUAAGAUAUUUCACAUAAAAGAUGUUUACAUAUUGUCCACAAAAGAAAGUAAUAGUUGAAUUUAUAAAAAUGACCCUGUUCAAAAAUUUUCAUUCA